AGCUUCUUCAAGACGCUCAUCGACCACGAGGUCACUGUCGAACUCAAGAACGACAUCCAGAUCCGCGGCGUCCUCAAGAGUGUCGACCAGUACCUCAACAUCAAGCUCGAGGACAUCUCAGUCGUGGAGGAGCUCAAGUACCCGCAUCUGAGCGCCGUCAAGAAUGUCUUCAUCCGUGGCUCCGUGGUGCGCUACGUCCACCUCCCCGCCGCCGCAGUUGACAUCCCGCUUCUAGAGGACGCGACGAGAAGAGGUGUGUUGCCUCCUCCGUGA